AUUGUCCUAUUGUUAAACACAUUUUUAUAUUUCGUCAUAUGGGAUCUGAUGUUCUUUUGGUUUUAACUCAAGAUCUUUGGUGGUAUGAUAAAAUUAAAAAGCAAUGUCCUUAUUGUCCACUUCAAAUUGUUAAUGGAUUUACUCUUUAUACUUUACUUCAUACUACAGAAAAUUAUUUAUUAAGUUCAACAGUUAGUUUUAAAUAUGUAUUCAAUUAUCAUGAAGGAGAUAUUUAUGAUUGUAUGACAGAUAUUGGAUGA